AAAGUCUGUGGUUCAUGAAACCACCACUUGGGAAAAAGGUACUGUCAUCGUCACACUAGGGAUGACUAUGACGUCAACAAAUUACGGUUUGAGCACAAGCAAUUGUUGUUUGCUUCCACCAUUAUCAUUCCCCUAAACUAAAUUUACGCGUUUGCAACGUAGAAGGGAAACAUACACGACCAACGGCGAAACUUGAAAGAGUUUUUGGAACAAUUUGAAGUGAAUUAGGCACACUACAGAAAAGUAAAAUGGACCUUGCCCUCAGUUUGUUUGGAAAUCACUCCACAGAAGGAUAUAUUUCUGGCAAGGAUAUAGCAUUGCAGAACUCUCAGGUUGCUUGUGCCGAAGAUGAUGAUGGUGAAUUCAAUAUUGACGUAUCAGAAGGGAUUACAAUAUCUGGAGAUGGACAAAUUCCUCCAGGACUAAUUAAUCCAGGUGGGCCUUUCUCAGCACUCAUUCCUUCUAUGGUUCCACAAGAGAUAUUAGUCAAAUUAAAUAACACAAAAGAAACUGAAGAUCCAAAUGAACAGCCAGAGUUUAGAUUUGAUGAAUUUGGUUUUCGUGUAGAGGAGGAAGAUGGUCCAGAGCCAGUAUCUAACAAACUAUUAAGCACACCAUUUAUAGAAGAUCCACAGCAGAGAUUGAUGUGGAUUGCAUAUCUGGAAUUUACACACAAUACUGAAGUUGGAGAUUUGACAUGGGACAAAGUGCAGCCUCGAUUACUGCGUACAGAAAAGCUUUGCAAUAUGGUCAGAGCUGGCAUCCCACAUUCUCUGAGAUCUCAGAUUUGGAUGAGGUUGUCUGGUGCAUUGGAGAAAAAGAUGAAUUCUGAUGUCUCUUACAAAGAAAUAGUCAGAGCUUCGUCAAAUGAUCAUCUGAUGGUGUCAAGGCAAAUUGAGAAGGACCUUUUACGAACGUUACCCAGCAAUGUCUGCUUUUCUCUCCCCCAAGGAACAGGGAUCGCGAGGUUACGCCGAGUAUUACGAGGAAUUGGGUGGUUGUAUCCUGACUUGGGUUACUGCCAAGGAGUAGGUGUAAUCGCUGCGGUUUUUCUAUUACUUCUCGAGGAAGAGGAUGCCUUUUGGUUAUUGUGCGCCAUUGUAGAAGACUUACUUCCAGCAUCCUAUUAUACACCUUCAUUGAUUGGUGUCCAAGCAGAUCAAAGGGUACUGCGACAAUUACUUGUUAAUUUUUUGCCUUCAGUUGAUACGCUUUUACGAGAUCACGAUAUCGAACUCUCUCUCAUCGCCUUGCCAUGGUAAGCAGUUCGUAAUCUUUUUACGUCGGUGUUGCACAUUCGUGUUUUGCUACGCGUUUGGGAUUUAUUUUUCUGCGAGGGCUCAGUGGCCAUCUUCCGAAUCGCCUUAGCUAUGAUAAAAAGCCACGAGCCGCAACUAAGAGAACUACAAAAUUCAGCAGAUAUCUUUAACGCUUUAUCAGACUUACCACGCCAAAUUCAUGAGGUUGAUGAACUGCUAGACAUUGCGUAUUCUUUAGCCGGCUCUUUUAGCGAUGUAACGCUCGAUAGUUACCGUCGCCGUCAUUUGGCCUACCUAAUGUCAGAUCGCGGCACAUUAGUAGGCAAUCCAGAAUCAGCGGCCAAUCUACCUAAGCAACAUUUGAGCCGGAGAAAAGUCAAAACGUCCCGCCCAUUGCUACAAAUGUUACUUUUUGGCGACGAAGAAGAUCAAGAUGAUAUGCGAUCAAAGAACAUCCGCCAAACUGAGGUCCUUGUCGAUCUUCGGGAGGCAGUUCUGCAAAUAGGUCGCCACUUCCAACUCUCAGAUGCUAGGUUGGCUCAUCUACCUCUAACACCGGACUAUUCCAUGGAAAGUCAUACCCAAGACCACGAAAUUUACGCUGGAGUGAUGCGUAGUAAAAAGAGGAGAGCGAAAGCUUUGCUGGAUUUUGAACGGCACGACGAUGACGAGCUUGGAUUCCGCAAAAAUGAUGUGAUAACAGUAAUCAGUCAAAAGGACGAAGACUGCUGGAUUGGAGAGUUAAACGGACUACGUGGUUGGUUUCCUGCAAAAUUUGUGCAAUUACUCGAUGAGCGUUCUAAACAGUACAGUAGUGCUGGGGACGAUUCCAUAAACGAAAACAUAGCGCAUCUAGUUCGCGGUACUCUGGCACCUACAAUCAAACAUGUUUUAGAACAUGGCAUGAAGAAAGCUUCAAUUUUAGGCACAACUUGUCACCCUUGGCUAUUCAUUGAAGAAGCUGCUAGCAAAGAAGUCGAGAAAGACUUUGCUUCGGUUUAUUCUAGGUUAAUACUAUGUAAAACAUUCCGGCUGGACGAAGAUGGAAAGGUCCUUACCCCAGAGGAGCUUUUAUACAGAUGUGUUCAAGCCGUAAACAUCACACACGACGUUGUUCAUGCUCAAAUGGAUGUGAAACUGAGGAGUCUCAUAUGCAUGGGUCUUAAUGAACAAGUCCUCCACCUUUGGCUUGAAGUCCUUGGUUCAAGCAUCAGUACAAUCCAAAAAUGGUACUAUCCUGGCAGCUUUUUAGCCAGCCCUGGUUGGGUACAGGUUAAAUGUGAUCUACGAGUUUUGACCCAGUUUCCGUUCAAUUUGAACCUCGAGUGGGAGCUACCUGCCAACAAAAAGAAUGUCAAUCGGCAACCCUUGAAAGAAGGCGUACGUGACAUGCUAGUGAAACAUCAUCUUUUCAGCUGGGAUUUGUGAAUUCGCUACCACACUCCACCCACGCCACUAUUUAUAUAUAACUUAUUGUUUCCGCAAUCUAAAUCCAUUUUCAGUUUACAUUUUUUCUCUUAUCUAGUCUGCAUUUCUGCCUUUAAAAAAUCAUA